CAUUGUGUUAUUAUAAUUAAUAUGUAUUAGAGCUUUUUGAUGUGUGAUAGUUGUCUAUAGGCUACUGUUGGCACUUAGCCGUACCUCCAGACCGCACACGCACGCACUCGCUCACUCUUUCACUACAGCAUCACACAGACUCACACGAGAGUGCAUCUAUCAUCUCUGCAUGUUGUUCCCCCCCCCAGCCCUGCACCAGCCAAGAAGCAGGAGCAGGAGCAGCACCAGCAGCAGCAGCAGCAGCAGCAGCAUUUUUCUGUAGCGUAUGCACCACUGAAAUCAACCAAACCAGCUUUGGUACUGAAGGAGAGAGAAAUAGAGUGAGGUAGAGAGAUAAAUAGAUAGAGACAGAGAGCCCACACAUAGGAACCUUUAAAAAUAUCCGUAUGUGACUUGUUGCCAAGACACACACAUGACCAUUCUAUCAUAGCCUCACCUUUGUCAAAAGGAUUAUCUCAUGGUGUUUGUCUGUAUUUUUGACCGUACCGCCGGGAAGGUAUAAGGAAGAAGGAUACUUUGUUUUCCCAGAAUCUGGAUUUGGCACUGAGGGAUCCAAUAUGAUCGCUUUUUGGAGGUGUCAUGGAGCCGCUGUAAUGUCUCUUUGGGUAUUUUGUUGGUUUUUGCUGGGGCUUUGGAGGCUCACCGCCGCUUGUCCUUCUUCUUGUACAUGCAGCAGCAGCAGGAUCUCAUGUAUCGAGCAGGAUCAAGGGAUCGUGGCUUUCCCAGUAUUAAGUUCUGCUAUAGAAAUGGAAAAUAUUACCGAAAUAUACAUUGCAAACCAAAGCCAGUUGCGCGCCAUCAAUGACAUUGACGUGGAGGCGUACUUGAGCCUGAGGAAUUUAACUGUGACAAAUUCUGGACUGUCUUACGUGUCCCGUCGGUCAUUUCAGAAGACUCCCAAUCUCCAAUAUGUCAACCUAAAAAACAAUAAAUUAUCUACUUUAUCUUGGAAGACCUUCAGGCACGUAAACUUGGCAUAUCUGCUACUUACAGGAAAUCCAUUCCAGUGCUCUUGUAAUAUUCAAUGGAUCAAACUGUGGCAGGAGAAUGAAACGGCCAGUCUGGAAACUCAGAAUCUGAUGUGCAAGGAUCACAGCAAUAAGAAGUUCUUACUACCCGAAAUGCACAUUCCGGAUUGUGUGAUGCCUACAGCUAGUAUAAGCCCUUCCAGUGUUACCUUAAUGGAAGGAAGUGACAUCAAUCUUGAGUGUAGAACCUCUGGAACACCUUCUCCAGACGUAAGCUGGGAUCUAGGCAACUUGGUCACAAGUUAUCAGCAGUACAACCUGAAGCAACACUAUACAACACUCAAGAUGAUAAAUGUUUCUUCCAAUGAUACUGGAAAAACAAUAUUGUGCACAGCAGAAAAUAUUGUGGGGGAAAGUGAAUCUUCAGUUAUUCUGGUUGUGCAUUUUCCACCAAAAAUAACAUUUUUAGGCCAGGCAGUACUGGACCACCACUGGUGCAUUCCAUUCAGUGCAAGAGGGAACCCAAAGCCAAAGCUAAUUUGGUUCUAUGAAGGGGCUGUUUUAAAUGAGACCGACUUCAUCUGGACUAGUAUUCACCUCGCCUAUGACAGUGAACACCACGGCUGCCUGCAACUAGAUAGCCCCACUCAUCUCAACAAUGGCCAAUACACUCUGCUGGCAAAGAAUGAAUAUGGGACAGAUGAACGCACUGUUUCUGCUCAUUUUAUGCCAGAUCCAUGGCUUGAUUCCACAGAACCUCCUUAUUAUGACUAUACCUCUGAUCCUGCACCCACCAGUGUUCCAGAUGUGGAACCAGACAGCAUUGCUGUGUAUGUAGUGGUAGGCGUUGCUGCUGUGGCGUUCAUAGGAUUUGUGUUGAUGUUGAUCGUCCUGAAAUUUGGAAGGAACUCCAAAUUUGGAAUUAAAGGAACCUCUUCAGUGAUCAGCCACGAUGAUGACUCAGCCAGCCCUCUGCAUCAUGUGUCCAAUGGCAGUAACACCCCCUCUUCAUCAGAAAUGGGUUCUGAUGCCGUCAUCAUUGGAAUGACGAAGAUUCCAGUCAUUGAAAACCCCCAGUAUUUCAGGAGCACUAACAGCAUGCUCAAGUCUGACACAUUUGUCCAACACAUCAAGCGUCACAACAUUGUCCUGAAGAGGGAGCUAGGAGAAGGGGCCUUUGGGAAGGUGUUCCUGGCAGAGUGCUACAACCUCUGUCCGGAUCAAGAUAAAAUCCUGGUGGCUGUCAAGGCACUGAAGGAGGCCAGUGAAAAUGCCCGUAAGGACUUUCACCGUGAAGCUGAGUUACUGACCAACCUGCAGCAUGAGCACAUUGUGAAGUUCUACGGUGUUUGUGUGGAGGGGGAUCCUCUCAUCAUGGUCUUUGAGUACAUGAUGCAUGGAGAUCUUAAUAAGUUCCUCAGGGCUCAUGGUCCCGAUGCCGUGUUAAUGGCAGACGGUCAGAAUAAUCACCUUGCUGAGUUGACUGCGUCUCAGAUGCUGCACAUCGCCCAGCAGAUUGCAGCGGGCAUGAUGUACCUGGCAUCUCAACACUUUGUACACCGAGACCUCGCAACCAGGAACUGCCUCGUCGGUGAAAACCUGCUGGUGAAGAUUGGCGACUUUGGGAUGUCAAGGGAUGUGUACAGCACUGACUACUACCGGGUAAGUGUUGGGGGUCACACCAUGUUGCCGAUUCGCUGGAUGCCUCCAGAGAGCAUUAUGUACAGGAAGUUCACUACAGAGAGUGAUGUCUGGAGCCUGGGUGUAGUAUUAUGGGAAAUCUUCACCUAUGGCAAGCAACCAUGGUACCAGCUUUCAAACAAUGAGGUGAUUGAAUGCAUCACUCAGGGACGCGUCCUACAGCGUCCUCGCAACAGCCCGAAAGAAGUGUAUGACCUAAUGUUGGGCUGCUGGCAGCGUGAACCCCACAUGAGGCUGAAUAUUAAGGAAAUACACAGCCUCCUUCAAAAUCUGGCUAAGGCUUCACCUGUAUACCUGGACAUACUAGGCUAAACUCUCAAGACAGCCCCCCUCCCUGACCUGUGUGGAGUAUGUGUGGAUAUAUGUGUGUGAGAGUGCGUGGCUGAAUCUCAGCUCUUAUCUCCAAUGGCAUUAAUGAAGAAGACCAGGAGAAUCUUUUUCAAAGGGCAACCUUCAUAAAUUCUCCAUGUGCAGACGCGUUAUUGACCAGUGUUAUCUUUCUGUUUCUCUUAUUGCCCCUUGCUUCUGCUUCAUCAUAACUCUGCAUAGACAAAAAGCCUUAUAUCUGAUUGUGUGCUUGUUUUUCUUUUCUCCGAAGACCCUCCUAAUCGUCCUCAGUAAUGAAAAUUGCCUUCUCGCAUUCUUGCCUUUGACUGGGAUGAAAAAAGGGAAAACUGACUAUCAGAAUGUGUUGUAAAUAUUCCCCACUUACAUGGAUUCAUCUUAACCUUGGCUUUUGGUUUUGAUUCAUGACAUGACUUUUUGUGGUAUACUGUAUAAAGUUAAAAGGAAGUUUUUUUUUUUUCACCUGGAGACAGAAAAAGAAAGGAAAAUAUACUCUCAGCUGUAUGGAAUUGUUCUGACAGGCUAUUGUCCAACUGGCAGUCUCUGAAAGAGUAAUACACCCAAGAAAUCUGCAACAGCAACUUGUUUCAUCUUUUUUUUCCUUUGAAAUUCAUUACAUAUUCUCUUUCCUUUAAAAAGGAGUUUGAAUUUUUGGCAAAACCAUUUGGAAACUGUUUACCCAAAAUAAUUAACACAGAUAUGAAAAGUAGAACUGAUGUACAGUUAGAUUCACUGGAAGCUGAAACACCAUUUGACUGCAAUUAUGACCACAAUCUCCAGACAAUCAUUAGAAACUUCAGCUUGGACUAAUGCAUAGUAUUCAUUUCAGGGUCAGCCACUGCAGGCGCUGGACUUCUAUAAUACAGCACUUGUAAAUGCCCUGACAAAUUAUCUAAAUAUGUUCUUGUCGUGAUGUGUCUUUUUUUUUGUGUUAAUGCCCCUUAUUUUGUGGAGCAAAAUUGAAUUUUGCAUGGUCUUCAUAGUUAAAUACCUUUAGUGCAAAUUAUUGCUUGAGUCUCAUAUUUCCUUACAGAAAAAACAAAUCUAGCUAUCCAUAUUGGUGUAACAUAUAUUUAAUUAAGAAAACUAAUGGCAGUCAUUAGUUUGCGGACAAAUGGCUUUACAUUGUUAAAAUCUGAUUGUGCAGAUAGAAAUUCUGAAAAAUGGAGAUUCCAGGUUCAGUUGGAAGUGAUGACAGAGCUGAGCCCCUGGGGAUGUAGAAACCGGUUUUAUAAUUAACAUUUGAUCUCUUAUUCUAUAGACGCAAGAUCUUAACACCACACUCUAGUUGCUAUGGUUUUCUUAUCCCAGAAUCCUUCUGUCAGUAAUUUGUUUCUGACAGACUGUGCAUGAAUACAGUGCUGCACAAGAUGCAUGGUUGUGUUGCUGAAGUUUAGCUCUUUUACCACAUAAAUCUCUUGCAUAUGGACACGUAGGAAUUUCAGCUCAAACAGUAAGAUCUAUUUGGGAUAGUCAUUUUCUGUCAGAAAGCUUACUCCUUCUGGGAGAAAAUACCAUAAAUUUGUUGACAGUCAAACUGGUCUAUAUAUUGCAUUCAUAAUAUAUUACGUUUAUCUGUUCUUUAUUAUUGAAAGAGCAGAUGGUAAUUUAUUAUUAGUCUUGUUUUAAAGCUUUUUUUGUUUGUUUGUUUUUUUCAAAUUAUAUUUUGAUACGUAAUUUAUUUUUACUGAAGCACUUUUUUCUUACACUGGUUAAUUUCCUGAUUCAAACAAAUGUAGGACCUAUGAUUAUUAUCCAACACAUAAUUAUUGAUUAAUCACAAAAGUCAAAGAUAAUAAGCAGUAGCUAUCAAUUGAUAUCAUAAAAUAAGACCAUAACAGCUGCUGCCUUUACUAAAUGAAAGCACAUAAUGUAUACAUACAUUAUAUAGACAUUCUUUAGAAAGUGAGUAUUCAGAAGAAGUAUUUCUGAAAAUGUAGUUACUGAGAAUAGGUGAAUAGCUGUAACAAUGCAUUUCUAGUUUGUUUUAUGGGGGGUUGCAUUAAAGCAAUCAUCAGCAGGAACCUUUCCAUUAAGCUGAUGAGACAAUCUGACUUUACUUUGGCAUACAAUGUACGUAACUGAAUUAUUUGUGAAUUUUCUUAUAAAGAAAUAUGAUCUAGGUACAGUUUUUUUUUCUAAUUAUACAAUGCUUAUUGAAAGCUUUAGUUUUAACAAAUGCAGAAACAUGCUGUUUCGAUAUGCCCAUCUUAAAUCAAAACUGGGGACAUUGCCAAAUCACCUGGUUAAAAAGAAAUGAUUGCUAUUUUUGUUGCAAGUAUAUUGCGCUGAACUGGAAUUUAGAAUGUAGGUAAAUCUUUGUGAAAUAUGUUUUUGAAGAGGUAUAUGACUGCUGUAACUGCACUGAACAAGUCAACCAGACAUAAAUAUGUGUCCCUUGACAAGCAAUGUUGCUGACUGAUGGUGGCUUAGAUGCUGCUGGACCCAGAUGUAAACACAUUUGCAAUUGUAUUUGUAUAAUGUUGCAAAUAAGUUCUCAUCUUAGAUUUUGUAUUCUAAGUGUAAACAUUUAAUUAUAAAAACUGACAAUUAUUUUUUUUUUUAAUUCUUGUUUAGCUUUUUUCCCAAUAAUAAAACUAAAUUCUGUUUUAUGGAGAAAACAAGACAACAACCUGCUGAAAUGCACACACACACACACACACACACACACACACUUGAU